AAUUUGAAAUGCAACGCGCUCAUUGAAGCUCUGGCUGCGGAAGGAUGUGGACAAAGGUGCAACAAGGUGGUCGCUAAAAAAACGAAAAAGAUAAUUUGUGCAUUAAACGCCGCCGACAGGGUUCUGCUGUCCAACAUUUCUCCAGCACCGAAUCGGGUCUUCAGUUAUAGACCAUCAUGCAGACUGCUGUGCAGGGCCUCCAGAGUUUAUAUGAUAAACUGAGGACGCAAGUUGACCUUCUCAACGAGAAUAUUGAACCCAACUUCAUCCAGCUCGCACAAAACUUUGAUGACUGUCGUCGCAAAUGGCUGAGGUCAGAGCAAGAACUGGGCUCCUGCAGAGAGGGGCUCACCAAAGCACAGACGGAGAGGGGAGCCUUGGAGGUCAAACUGAAACAUGCCCGCAACCAAGUGGAUGUCGAGAUCAGGCGCAGACAGAAGGCCGAGGCCGACUGUGAGAAGUUGGACCGUCAAAUCCAGUUGAUCCGGGACCUCUUGAUUAGUGAGGGAUCCUCCAACAGCAUCCAGCUGAGUGCAGAGCAGCGCUCAGCUCUUGCCUUCCUCAACACAAACUGCCAGGCAGCAGCAGCCAGCCUGAAUACCAGCCGAAGACUGACUAGGAUAGAUGAGUCCGCCUCCAUCUUGUCAGAUAUCAGCUACGACAAAACAGAUGACUCCCUUGAUUGGGACUCCUCCAACGUGAGGACGGUGCGACUCAAAAAAAGAGAGAAAAGGCGCUCCUCCAGAAAUCAUGUCGAUGGUCCCCCACUUGCCUCCAAACGGUCUCGAUCAACAGGCAGAACUUCAGAGAGGGGAAGUGAGACUCUUGUGACGAAGACCACAGUGACCGUCCCUGGGAAUGGAGGACCUGUUGAGGCUGUUUCUACCAUUGAGAGUGUUCCUUAUUGGACUCGCAGCAGGAGAAAGACUGCUGCCAUGGAGUGGGACUCUGAAUCUGUCAAGUCUGAGGACAUCUUUAAGCAGCCCAGCAACCCUGAAGGGGAGAGAAAAGUGGCGCCAAGCACUCCGCAGAGCCACGGGAGUGUCCGUCAUCACGAGUUUGUCUCCAAAACUGUCAUUAAGCCAGAAUCAUGCGUACCUUGUGGAAAGAGGAUCAAGUUUGGCAAGAUUUCACUCAAGUGCCGUGACUGCAGGGUGGUCUCUCACCCCGAGUGUCGCGAGCGUUGCCCCCUGCCAUGCAUCCCCAACAUGGGCGCCACACCGGUCAAAAUUGGCGAGGGUGUGCUUGCAGACUACGUGUCUGACUCAUCACCCAUGAUUCCACCUCUCGUGGUCCACUGUAUCAGUGAGAUCGAGCAAAGGGGCCUGCAUGAGGCUGGACUCUACCGUCUCUCCGGUGCGGAUCGCACAGUGAAGGAACUAAAGGAGAAGUUUCUACGCAGCAAAACUGUUCCCGUGCUGAGCAAGGUGGACGACAUCAAUGCCAUCACUGGCCUCCUCAAGGACUUCCUGAGGAACCUCAAGGAGCCUCUUCUCACCUUCCGCCUCAACCGUACCUUCAUGGAGGCAGCCGAGGUUUCAGACGAUGACAACAGCAUAGCUCUGAUGUACCAAACCAUCAGUGACCUGCCACAACCCAACAGAGACACUCUGGCUUUCUUAGUCCUUCACCUUCAGAGAGUUGCUGACAGUUUGGACACUAGGAUGGACAUCAGUAACUUGGCUCGAGUGUUUGGACCAACUAUUGUGGGUCAUGCAGUUCCCAACCCUGAUCCUAUGUCAAUCCUCCAGGACACCAAACGACAACCCAGGGUUGUGGAGCGUCUGUUGUCCCUGCCGGUGGAUUACUGGGCCCAGUUUGUGAUGGCGGAAAGCUAUCCGCCUAACUUGGACCACCUGAUCAUUGAGAACGCAAACUGCUAUGCCACCCCCGAGAGAAUGAGCAUGCUGGGACCUCUGACUACUCCAGAGCACCAGCUCAAUAAAACCCCCUCAUCCAGCUCCUUGUCUCAGCGUAUGAAGUCCAGUCUGACACCAAGAUUUGGGAGCAAGAGCAAAUCAGCAGUCGGAUUUUCAAGCUCUCGUCAAGGAAAAUUCUUUGCAUCUCCACUCCUUAAAUAAUCCAAAGCAGCUACACU